AUGUUCGGUUACUAUCGGAGUUUCAUCCCUAACUAUGCUGCACUAACGAUCCCACUCACAAGACUGAUGAAAGGCAAAGCGGAAUUUGUAUGGGGAACAGAACAAGAAACAGCAUUUUUACAGCUCAAGGAUAAACUCGGAAAGGCUGUUUUAUCAAAUGAAUGGCAGGAGGGCGAGAUCAUUGUAGAGACCGAUGCUAGCGACUACGCCGUCGCUGGAGUUCUCUCUUUCGACAAGGAGGGAAUGAUUGUCCCUGUGGAGUUUAUGAGUAAGACGCUAUCAGAAGUAGAGCAGCGGUGGCCCACAAGAGAGAAGGAAGCUUUCGCGAUUGUCGUAGCACUAAGGAAGUUUGAUACAUUUUUACGUGGAAGAAGAGUUACAGUGUUCACCGACCACAAGAGUUUACAAAGGAUGUUAGAAGCUAAGAAAGGAAAGAUUGCACGGUGGGCCACAACCCUUCAAGAGUAUGAUCUGGAUGUCAAACAUAAAAGUGGACGAGAGAUACUUCAUGUGGAUGCACUGAGUCGUCUUCAUCAAGAUGAGUCUUUGAUUGAAGAUCGAAUGAUUUGUCGAGCAGAAUUAGAGUAUGCUGGCUCCUCUUUGCCUACUCUACAAAUGAUUCAAGCUAUCCAGGGAUCACCUCCUCAAGAAGUUCGAGAUAAAUUUGGACUGACCCUAAAGCAGGGACUUCUGUUCAAACAAGGCCGAGUUUUCAUCCCCGAAGGACAUGCGAAGACGUUUUGA